UGUUGUCAGUCCUUGAAAAUCGAGGCCCACAAGUCCACAGGAGAGAGCCCCGCCCCUGCCUGCCGGAAUAAAAGGACGCGCUCCCUCCACCUGGCCACAGUCAGCUGAUAUUCCACAACUAUGAAGAUCUUGCUCAUUGUUGCCGCCCUGGCGGCCUUCUGCUUGGUGGACACAAGCGCUGUUCCUGCCCCAGAUGCUGAGCCCGGUUUCCUAGGUGGCUAUAGAGGCUUCGGCCGAGGCCUCGGCUUUGGAGGAGGAUAUGGAGGCUAUGGGGGAGGAUAUGGAGGCUACGGGGGAGGAUAUGGAGGCUACGGACUCUACGGUCGUAAGAAGAGGAGCGCUGAGCCUGCUGCUGAGCCUGAAGCUGAGCCCGGUUACUUUGGAGGUUUCGGCCGAGGCUUAGGAAGCUUUGGAGGCUUCGGAGGAGGAUAUGGAGGCUACGGGGGAGGAUAUGGAGGCUACGGACUCUACGGUCGUAAGAAGAGGAGCGCUGAGCCUGCUGCUGAGCCCGGUUACUUUGGAGGUUUCGGCCGAGGCUUAGGAAGCUUUGGAGGCUUCGGAGGAGGAUAUGGAGGCUACGGAGGCUACUAUCGUGGGAAGAGAAGCGCUGAGCCCGGUUACCUUGGCGGAUUCGGUGGAAGAUACGGAGGAUACGGAGGCUAUGGAGGGUAUGGAGGCUAUGGAUACUACGGCUGAACACAGGCUAUUAUCAUCUGGCUAUCCUCUUCGUUUUGAGGAAAUAAAUAAAAAUGUAAAAUAAAUCAUAACAGUACAGAUCA